AAAACUGCCAUCGCCAUGCUUCCUCUCCGACAUCAAGGAACCAAGACAGUCUUCGUUGGACAGGUGCUCUCCAGGAAGACUGCUUAGAAGUUCUCCUUCAGCUAAAGAUAUUAUUGGAUCUGUAAGCGAUUGGUCUUGUGGUCUCUGCUAAUCAUCGUGUUGCAUCGAAAGCUUAGUGGGUCUCCUGAUUGCUCUCGUAGAAUCGCAGGGGUCAUUGCACGUUAGUCAUUUUCCAAUCAGUGAUUCAUCCCAGUCUGCGGAACACAACUCUCAGCUCGGGCUGAGUGUCCACUGGUGUUAUAUCCAGAUGCCAAGUUUUCAGAAGCACCAUGAUUCAGCGAAUGUCAUCAGUUUUUAUCAGCAGCCUGUGCAAAUGAUCGAACCGUGUUAUUUGUCCAACUACUAGCUCAUGGACAGCAGCAUGAACAAAGGUUUGGUCAGCCAUGGAUCUGACGCGUCGUUCCAGACCUACGGCGAACAAAUUUUCACCCUCGAUUCUUCCACAUCAGCUUCUGGCUUUGUUUCCUAUGAUUCUGCUUCCAAUGUCAGCACCUCGCCUGGGACUACCUUUGUGAAGUCCUUUCUCUCGGAUCAACGUCUUUAUGUUGAAAAUUUGUCCGGGUCGCCAUUAAGCGUCUCUUCCAUUGCUGACUAUGGCAAUGAUUUCCAAGACAAAUUGAGGGAAUUGAAGAUGUCAUUGUUGGGACCGGAAUCAGAUAUCAGCGAUUACCAGAGUUGUUGCUUUAACAACGACUCCCACAAUAUUUUUCCCACAUCAAUGUGGCAUUCGAACCGAGUUAGAGAUAUGGCGCCUAAACCUGACCUGAAACAAGUGGUAAUUGCCUGUGCAAGAGCAAUCUCUGAUGCUGAUGCUUCUAAUGCAGCAGGUCUAAUGGAUAUGCUGGAGCAAAUGGUGUCGGUUUUGGGCGAUCCAGUUCAGCGCCUUGGUGCUUACCUCUUGGAAGGGCUUAGGGCGAAAUUGGAAUUUUCCGGGAGCAGAAUUUACCGAAGGCUCAGGCGCAAAGAACCUACGAGCUUGGAAUUGAUGACUUCCAUGCAUUUUCUCUAUGAGAUCUGCUCCUACUGGAAGUUUGCAUAUGUGUCCGCUAAUGCCGUCAUCACCAAAGCCAUGGAAAACGAACAGAGAAUUCACAUCGUCGAUUUCCUGAUCGCGCAGGGCAGCCAGUGGAUUCCUUUCAUCCAGGCCCUUGCGCAGAGGCCUGGUGGACCCCCGCUCCUCCGCAUCACCGGCAUUGACGAUUCUGAUUCAGCUCAUGCUCGUGGCGCGGGGCUGGAGAUUGUAGGCCAGAAGCUUUUGUCUAUUGCAGAGUCAUGUAACGUGCCGUUCGAGUUCCACGACGCAGCCGUUUCUUCAUCUGAGGUUGAGCUACAGAACCUUAUGAUUCAGCCCGGGGAAGCCUUGGCAGUGAACUUUCCUUACAUAUUACAUCACAUACCCGAUGAGAGCGUGAGCACUCAGAAUCACCGAGACCGGGUGUUGAGACUGAUCAAGAGCUUGUCGCCGAGAGUGGUGACUGUCGUGGAGCAAGAAUCCAACACCAACACAUCCUCAUUCCUUCCGAGGUUCGUUGAGACAUUCGACUAUUACAAGGCCAUGUUUGAGUCCAUCGACGUGGCUCGGUCGAGGGACGACAAGCAGCGGAUCAGCGCAGAGCAGAACUGUGUGGCCCGGGACAUUGUGAACAUGAUAGCCUGCGAGGGGCCAGAGAGGAUGGAAAGGCAGGAGUCUUUUGGCAAAUGGAGGUCGAGGUUUCAAAUGGCCGGCUUCAAUCAGUUACCGCUGAACGCAUCGGUUACUCGUGCUGUACUCGACAUGCUGAAGCAGUAUCAUGGGAAUUAUAGAAUCGAGGAGAGAGAGGGGGCUCUAUAUCUCGGCUGGAUCCGUAAAGCUAUGUCGACUUCAUCGGCUUGGAGGUGAAUCUUGACAUUUUGUGCUAGUUGGUGGCUUUGUAAAUUUUGCUGUUAACACUGUAGUUGCUCCAACCCAUAUGAGGAGGAAUGUUGUCUAGAUAUAUACUUUGAUUGAGUGCUCACAAUUCAUAGGGCACUAGUGCACAACAUCGAUUUGCGUUUCUUGUUUUUGCCAUUUUCUUUGUUCCUCGCUCUCUGGGAUUGCGAACUUCGUAAAUGUCCACACGACAAAAGGAGCAGGGUAGCAUGGUUUGUCUGCAAUUUUGUACACAGCUUAGUAUAUAAUAAAGAAAAGCUUGUUCGAAGUCCAA